AUGGGUAUUCGGAACAUAAGGCGAGAAUUUGUCACUGCAGUGCGAACAUAUAAUCCACCUGGCACUACGAAUGCUUGGGAAGCUGAUAAAAAUUACGACAAAAAUCGGUUCGAAGACAUCAAAUUGCUGGACAAAACAAGAGUAGUUCUCAAGAACACACCUAGCAGUGAUGAUUACUAUCAUGCUUCAUACGUACAAAUUGGCGAAAACGUUAAUUUCAUUUGCGCGCAAGGACCUUUACCAAAUACUAUUGAAAAUUUUUGGUGUAUGGUCAUACAAGAAGAUUCAAAGGUAAUAAUACAAUUAUGUCAGUGGAUUGAAGAGGGCAAAAAUCAGUGUGCCGAAUAUUUCCCAAACGGUGAUUGGGAAUGGAAAAAUUACGGAGCCAUUCGUGUCAAAAUUGUUGAAAAAACUUCACCUGUGACACAGCUUAGAAAAGUUUAUCGAACAAAAAUACAAGCUAUUUACAAGGAUAAAAAGCACGAGGUAUUACAUUUAUUGUAUGGUGGUUGGCCGGAUCACUUUGUAGCAGAGUCAGCACCAGUAUGUCGUGAAGUACGAACGCUGGCUCUGAAAUUUUCCGAAAAAAAGCCAAUAAUUGUGCAUUGCAGCGCUGGAAUUGGAAGAACAGGCACAUUUGCAGCCAUAUUUAUGGCAGUUGAUCGACUUAAACAUAAUGAAAAUCUUUCAAUUCCUGAUAUUGUUAAAGAAUUACGUGAUCAAAGAAUGCAUGCAGUGCAAAACGACCAGCAGUAUUUAUUCAUCUAUCGAAUGGUUAUCGACAUUCUGCUGGCAGAGGAUUUAUUGAUCAAAAGUCCGGAAAUAAUAUCACUUAUCAAGGAAUAUGACGAUCUUAUUGCGCGGAAACGUCAAGAAAGAAAUCAGAAGGGUAAAAAAUGA